CGUGGGACAAUAAAAGCUGAGGACACCCAGAACCGUCCAGAUUUAGGUUUUGAAAAGACUCCUGCAACAUCCCUGCCAGAAGAUGCUACAGUUCACUUUUCUAUUGACGUUAAUAGGCCUGUGCGUUGGGGAGGGGAUCUUACCGGCCGGUCCCCUGAAUGGAGCGGUAGGGGGCACAGUGAGGUUUACCACCAAUCUAAGCCCUCCGGCGAAACCUUUCUUCACGGUGAGCUGGAGUUUCAAAGGUACCAACAUCAUCACCUCCACCAACACCAAUGUGACCGCGCCCGGGUACACCAGCCGCAUCUCCCUGGACCGCAGAACUGGGGCCCUGGAGCUCCGCAGGCUGGUGCCAGAGGACAGUGGGGAGUACACAGUGAGCAUUAUCCCCGAUGGAGAGCUGCAGAAGGAAGGAAAGACCACGCUCAAUGUAUAUGCACUGAUAACAGGAGCAGUGAUCCACAGCCCUGCGUUGGUCCUGAUAGAAGAUAAAACCUUUACUAACUUGACCUGCGAGGCCUCUGGUUCCAUCAGCACCAGGGUGUGGACCAAAGACGGCCAGCCUCUCCGAGAAGAUAGCAGGGUCAGUUUCUCCAUCAACAAAAAAACAGUCUACAUCCACCCAGUCCACAGCUCCAGCCACGGCAACUACCAAUGUCUAAUCAGCAACCCCGUCAGCUCUGAGACCGCAGCCUACAACCUCACCGUCAACUAUGGACCUCAUAAUGUGUCCAUCAUCGGGCCAUUGUCUGCCUCCCCAGGUCGGAGGGUGGAACUGCGGUGCACUGCAGACUCCAUCCCUCCUGCCCUCUUCCGCUGGACCCUCAACGGCAACGACACACAGGUGAAUGGUUCUGUGUACGUCAUAGAGCGCCUCACUUUGGAGAGCAUAGGAAACUACACCUGCUCUGCCUACAACACAGUCACCAUGCUGGGAAACUCCACAGUCCUGAGUCUGAGAGCGUCCUGCAGUGCUCCCUGCUGGUCACUUCCACUGAUGCUGAUCAGUGCGCUGACCCUCAGCAAGUUAAUGUAACUGUGGGAAGA